UUCGUCAGGAGAACGGUGGCUGAUUGGGUCUGCCUGGCAAAGCACGAGAGCAGUUACAACACCGGGGCCAUCAACCGCAACAAGGACGGCAGCUCAGACUACGGGAUCUUCCAGAUCAACAGCAAGUACUGGUGCUACGACGGGCGGACGCCGGGGGCCAGCAACGGCUGCCGCAUCAACUGCAGCAAGUUCCUGGAUGACAAUAUCACGGAUGACAUCAAAUGUGCUAAGCUCAUCGCACAGCGGGCGCGUGGCCUCACGCCCUGGGUCGCGUGGAGGAACCGCUGCAGGGGGAAGGAUUUGCGGCCGUACGUCAAGGGAUGCUAG